AGAGCCUUUCCAGCAGGACCCCGGCUCUGUUCGACCUAAAUGGAACAGAAACCUUAAUAGCCUCAUCGGUAACAUGUGUUUGCCCUACUUUUUAAUGUCGAAAUGGCUACUGUGUGAAAAAGGUGUAACAUUAGCCUAACACACCGUUAAUUAAGAUUCACCUGGUCCACUCCGGUCAGCAGCUUCUGCGCAUGUCAGGACGGGGCAAGUGAAAUUCGGGGAAACAAAAGGAAACAGCGUUAAUUAACUAAAAAAAAAAACAAAAACUUUCCCUUACCCACAUUCUCUUCCUCUUGCCUCACACUGUUCAUUGUCGCAGUGUCAUAGUUUGCCUGGAGAUGGUCACUUUCAGCGGCCUUUAUUACAGUUUCUCCCGUUUGGCGAAAGGUGCAGCGCUGAGGUGCAGCAGAAAAUAUGACAAACAAUCCACCAUUAACACCGGUGUCAUGACUGGCGAUAAGAUCCAGGCAGUGUCAGAUGGAGAGUUGAACAUGUCGGCGCGGGGCUGUGGAGGUAGCAGCUGCAGCCUGCCAGGGUCUCAGGGCGGAGAGGCUGGCCAGGCUAACAGCGUGCUGAGCUGGGCCGUCUCCUUUGAGAAGCUGCUGGAGGACUCCGUCGGAGUUGCCUACUUCACGGCCUUUCUCAGGUCUGAAGUCAGUGCAGAGAACAUUUUAUUCUGGCAGGCUUGCGAGAAGUUCCAGAAGAUUCCAGUCGACCAUUUAGAUGAGCUCAAGGAAGAGGCUCGCUCCAUUUAUAAGAACUACCUGGCUGACAGCGCCCCCUACUCAGUCAACAUUGAUGACACAGCUAAAACAGAGGAGAAGGACCUGGCACAGCCAACACCUGAUAUGUUCAACAAGGCCCAGACUCAGAUAUUUAAGCUGAUGAAGAUGGACAGCUACAGGCGCUUUGUACGCUCUCCUCUCUACCAAAAAUGCUCCUUGGCUAGUGUAGAGGGCAAAAAUCUACCCCGUCUCUCUUGUGAGCCGGCCCGCAUGGGAUCCUGGGAGGAUGUGGCCAACAGAAGCCCCACCCUUUCUGACAGCAAGAAGAACAAGAAGUCAGAUUCUAAUAGCAGUCCAGGUGGGAAGAGCAACACUGCAAAGCAACGACAGAAAAGAGGAUCCUGGGGAGCAGUAGAUAUGUCCCACACUGAUAUCACAGUGUCCCGGAAAGAGUCCCACAUGUCAGUGAAGUCAACUAGCAGCGUGGAGCUGGGCUCCCUCUACAGGCAGAUAGAGAAUGGUCGUUCUAGUCCUCGCUCCCCCGAGCAAGGCGGUGGCUGUGGGAGUCGCCUAGGGGUGGAGGGGGGUUACUGCUGUAUGUACUUACCUGACGGCAGUGCCUCCCUGGCCCCGACACGGCCCGGCAUGCCCAUCAGGGAUAUGCUGGCUGGCCUCUGUGAGAAGAGAGCUUUCCCGCUAAAAGAUGUCAUCAUCUACCUUCACGGCAAGGACAAGCAACCCUUAUCGCUGGACCAGGACUGCUCCGUACUGAGAGACCAGCAGGUCUCCUUAGAGCUUAGGGUGACGUUUGCCUUGGAGGUUGUCUUCACUGGUAAGACAGUGGGGAUCAUGGUGAAGUCCAGUAAGACGCUGCAGGAUGCCCUCUCUGCAGUGCUGCAGAAACACCACCUCAAACCGCAGGACGCCCUGGUUACCAUGGUUGGGAGUGAUGAGGCCCUGAACAUGAGCGCCAAUGUUUUCCGUCUGGCCAAUAAGAAGUUAAAGCUUGACAAAGCUAAAGGAAAAGACCAGAACAGCAGCUCCAGACCCGGUGGCCAUGCUCUAGCCACACAGGGGCGAGCUGCAGGUCCAGGUGGUGUGGAUCCCCGGUCAUCGCCCCUAAUGGAGAGAGCCAAGACUCAGCCCAAGCCCAGUAAGAACCACGACAUGGAUGGGUUACUGGAUAUGCUGUCCAAGGCUCAGUGCUGCAGGGUUGAGGACCAGCGAGGUCUUCUGACGAAAGAGCAGCUGGAGUUGCCCCAGUUCCUCCAGCUGCCCUCAGACCAGGGGCAGGACACAGAGGGAGGAGAGCCUCCUUCCACUGACUCUUGCCCAACGAACAGCAAAGAGGAAUCAGAGGCCCAAACCUUGUCUAGUUCCAGUUCAGGUGACGGAGAAAAGGAAAUCUCAAACUCCUCUGGCUCUGAACCUAAAGACUUGAAGGAAACAACAGUUUAAUAGCACUGUUAGUGUGUUUGGGGGGGCGGGAAAGUGGACUGGUACAUUGGAUGUCUGUGUCAUGAGGCUAUGUGCGGGCAGAGUUACGCACCUAAGUAAAGACAUAAUUUAAAAAAAAAACAAAAAAAAAAACCUACAGCACCGUGAUGCCAGUCAUGCGAGUAGACCAGAACUAAUUGUUAGUUGAAGAGGAAA